GCCGGCAUCACACGACUGCAAAGGUUCCCAAGACCAUGUCUUUUAUACCAAAUAUAGUUUAAGCUUGCCCUGCUAGCUAGGCGACACAUAUAAAAUGCAGAACUCAAGCUGCUUGCACUUCUAUUCCCUCUUUUGCUGCAUAACAUGGACAAUUCAUCACCACCACAGGAAGAGCAAAUCAAGUCUGACCCUCCUGCUGAGACUAAACCAUCCUUUGGCCAGCGUGUCAAACGUUGGUUGUGGCAAAAGCCAGAUCAGCAUCAAAAUGCAUGGAAACUUAUCACCAACUUGACGCCGGCUCAGAGACUGACCUUCACAGCUGCUUUCUUGGGUUGGACUCUGGAUGCACUGGAUUAUUUCUCUGUCUCUUUGACAGCCACUGCCAUCGCAAAGGACUUUGGCGUGCAAGUGAGUGAUGUGACCAGUGCCAUUACAACCACCCUCAUGUUGCGGCCCAUAGGUGCCCUGAUUUUUGGUGCUGCUGCAGAUAGAUGGGGUCGUCGUUGGCCGUUGAUCAUCGAUAUCGUUCUCUUCUCUAUCAUCAAUCUGGCCAGUGGCUUCGCUCCUAACCUCCCUACCUUCAUCGGCCUCCGUGCUGUGUUUGGUAUUUGUAUGGGCGGUGAAUGGGGUCUUGGAGCCUCUCUGGCCUUGGAAGCCCUGCCGGUGGAAGCCCGUGGUAUUUUCUCUGGUAUCCUGCAGGAAGGCUAUGCUGCUGGUUAUUUGCUGGCAACGCUACUUAAUUACGGAAUUGUUGCUCAAGGAGGAAAAUCAUGGAGAGCUUUGUUCUGGACAGGCGCCGGUAUUGGCUUGCUCGCCGUCUUCAUUCGAGUGUUUGUUCCGGAAUCCGAAACGUUUCAAAAGACAGCCGAGGCCCGUAAAGCGAGCGGAGUGACCUACUGGCAGGAAGUGAAAACUGUGCUUCGAACCAAAUACCUACGCCUCAUUUACAUGGUCGUCCUUAUGUCCUUCUUCAAUUUCAUGAGCCAUGGAUCUCAGGAUCUUUAUCCAUCCUUCUUAACCAAGCAACUCGGCUAUACCGCAGAGCAACAGACAGUCACGAGUGUGAUCUAUAAUAUUGGUGCUAUUAUGGGAGGUACUAUUGUGGGUUAUUUCUCACAAUACUUUGGCAGAAAGCGUUCUAUUAUCGUAUGCGCUAUUGUCGGUGGGGCUAUUAUCCCUCUGUGGGUAUUUGCUCCCAACAUUGCCAGUCUUCAGUUCGGAGCAUGGUUGAUGCAGUUUUGCGUCCAAGGCGCCUGGGGUGUCAUUCCUGCUCAUCUGACUGAAUUAUCACCACCAGCCUUCCGUGGUAUCAUGCCAGGUUUGUCGUACCAACUCGGUAAUUUGGUGUCUGCUGCUAGCGCCCAAAUCGAAGCCACGAUUGGUGAACAUUACCCUGUUCGUAACGCUGAUGGAACCCUAAAGCACGACGCAACUGGAGCUACCAUUCCAGAUUAUGGCUUGACCCAAGCUAUUUUCAUGGGAUGUGUCUUUGCCGGUGUUAUUAUUACCACUGCUGUUGGUAUGGAAGAACGCGGAAAGGACUUCAACGCCCAUUUGGUCACCAACCCAACCACGGGCGAGGCCAUUGGAGAGGAAGACAUCAACGCUGGUCGUGAAGAGGAUGGCCAGGAAGAAGCUGCUCAUAAGGAGCGAACUUCUGAUGUUUCGUACACUGAUGAUGACAAACGAGUGGAGCAAAUUGAAGUAAAAUAGCUGCGCAUGCUGUGAAUGUUAUUGUAAUAUCAUCGUCUGUUAUGAGAACUAUUAGUAAAUAAAUGAAUAUUCUUGCUGUGAUAACUUCUACCCC